GGGUUCCAGAGGGGAUGAAAAUUGGUUACAAGUCGCUCCAAUUGUGGAUAGUGAUUGGACAAAUUACGUUGAAUCUUCGCCGUUGCGCAGGGGCUAGGCCCGGUGAUAAAGUGGGACCAGAGUCCAUAGAGCGCCUUCAUUGGCCCGUUUAACCGCUGCUUUCUGAGCCAAUUUGGUUGCCAAGAAGCCCCGAUUGGUAUUCCUACCAAUUCCUGUGAAUUCCAAGAACGUUGAUUCCUUAAGUAUGAAAGUGCCCUUGUCCUUCAUGACAGUCGUUCUUCUGAAAAUAAAAGAGGGUAAGGAUGCAUAGCGAUUUCAAAGGGAAUCUCGAAGCAUAAGUGUGCGAAUGCUACCCUCUUUCAAACAUAUCUGGUUGACGGUUUUGUAGUGAGCGGUCCAAUGGUGAAAAUGUCUGACGAUCAAACUGCAAACCCGCCGCCAAUGCAGCCGGUCAUCUUGUCCAUGGAAGUGGACGAUGACGAUUCAUUUGAGAGCGAAUACCGACUGCGAAUCGGAAAUCAAGUCAAAUAUCUCAUCAUCUCUCCUAGAACCUUUGACAGAGAUACACUUUCAUUCCCUAUUCAGUCCCUGCCCCGUCUUCCUUACAACGAGGAAUGGACCGUAGCCCACAUCUCGAGAGACGAAACCAGCGGCGACUUGAAGACUUCCAUCUCAAACCGAACACUAGCUGGCGUCAGAUGUCGAUGGCAUCAUAUUCGGGUUGAUUGUCUGGAGUUGGAGAAGACCAAACAGCUCACGGCGAUGGCUUUCGAAGCCGUCUCACAUUCGAUUCUUCCAAUCACCCUCCUAUCAUCAGCCACUAUAAUCGCCAAAAUAGCCCGUUUCGAGUGGGAGCUGCCUCGUAUCGAACAGGAAACAAGAGCAUAUCAGUUGCUUGAGGGUUCCGGACUGGCCCCUCGCUUCCUUGGUCAUAUCCACGAGAAUGGACGCAUCAUGGGUUUUCUCAUAGAGAAAAUAGAGGGACGCUUUGCCUCCUUUCAAGAUCUGAGCGUCUGCGAAACAGCUCUGGGGAAACUCCACGAAUUGGGACUUAUACAUGGGGAUGUGAACCGAUAUAAUUUUCUCGUCACGGAAGAGGGGGUAAAACUGCUCGACUUUGAACGUCUUCUGCAGAAUGCUCGCCCCGAGUCAAUGCGUAAGGAGUUGGAGCAUUUACGUGCCGAACUGGUUGAUGAGUCAGGACGUGGCGGAGGUUUCAUUUUCCAUGGCGAUAGCAAUUAAUAUUGUCUGAUUUGAUUUGAUUUGAUUUGAUUGAAUUAUACCGUACCUCUCUACAGCGCUGGGCGGCUCGCCACAUAUGCUUAUGGCAUUUGUCGGGGUGGAGAUUGGGUCGGGAACAGAAGUGCUAAAAUUGGGGACGUGGCGAAUAACAUGGAGGGUAAGACAAGGUAUUUUAGAACAAUUGUUGGGCUGAAGUAAGGGCAUCACCCACCUAUUUUGGCCGUUUCAUUAAUGCUGGAAACCCAAUUCAGGAACCGUUUUUUGUUUCUUGUUUAAGGAUCUCUCGAUGCCAGG